AUUCGCUUUUAGUUUGAAAGCGAGUUGUAGAUUAAGAAAAACAAUAUUACACUGAUUUCCAGCCUUGAGUCCUAAGUCCUUGAUAAGCCCAACUUUGUUACGUUCGCAGAACAAAAUGCUUCAACCAAAAGUGCUCACAUCGGUGCUAAGCCAAGCAAAUACGGGUGGAGUGGAAAACACAAUACUCUUAACACACGAGGGAGCACUGUUGGCGUUUUCUGGCUUUGGAGAUCGUGAUCCUACCGUAACGACGGCGAUCGCCAGCAACAUAUGGUCGGUGUAUGAGAAGAAUGGCCGUAAUGCGUUUCGCGAAGACCGGCUCCAGUAUGUGUUCCUUCAGUGCGAAAAUGGCAACGUAGUGAUCACCCAGGUCGCUAAUCUGCUACUGUGCCUCUACGCACGGGAUAAUGUUGGCCUGGGAAUACUGAAGCAGAAAGCCGAAGCUCUGGCGAACUAUCUCGAAGGCCCGCUGAAAGAGAUUGCCACAUCGUAGGAGUGGUCCGAGAGCAAUUCCUGUUUUCUGUUUCCAAUGUUUAUUAGCUUUAAAUACAACGCACUGUCCCUA